AUGAAGACACAUAUUAUACCCUUAUUGGUUCUUCCAUUAAUAUCACAGUGCCACUACAUCCCUAUUGACGUACCCAGCAUGCAUUUUGGAGGAAUCCUUCAACUGAUAUUUUCACUUACCUCCUUAUCAGCACUUGAAUCAGUCGCGAUUAAAGAUAAUCCUGAUGCUCCUGAGAAUUCUGACUUGGAAAGUUGGAUUGAAGGUGAGAGGGAAUCAGCUCUCAAGGGAAUCUUGAAUAACUUUUUUGGACCAAGUGAUUGGAUGCAUGAACCUGAGGUUGCUAAGGGAGCAGUUAUCGCUUCGCCUUCUAGAGAGCAGCCUAAUUAUUUUUUUCAAUGGGUUAGAGACGCUGCAUUAACAGUUAAGACCUUAGUUCUUUAUCUAGAUGAUUCUAAUUUCCUGGAUGAAAAGCUUGGACCUCUAAUUGAAACAUUUAUUGAAAGUCAGUAUCAUAUCCAAAGGUUGACUAACAAAUCUGGUAAAUUUGAUGACGAGUGUCGAUCUGGAUUAGGGGAACCUAAGUUUAUGCCUGAUGCGACUCCAUUUCAAGAUUCAUGGGGUAGACCUCAGAGAGAUGGACCAAGUUUGAGAGCUAUAACGAUUAUGAUGUACUUAAAUUUAUUGAAGAAGCAUGACAAAUCAUUAUCUAAUGAGUUUUUAAAGAGCCCCGAAUUCAUUUACUAUGAAAUUAUCAAGCCAGACUUAUUUUAUGCAACGAAGAACUGGAAAAAGGAAGGAUUCGAUUUGUGGGAAGAGAUUGAAGGAUUCCAUUUAUUUACAUCUUUAACACAGUUAAGAUCUUUGAGGGAUGGGAUUGAAUUUGCCGAACAAAUUGGCGAUCAGGAUCUUGAAUUUAUUGGUGAAAUGAAGCUGGCAUUCGAUGAUCUCAAGAACUUCAUUGAGAAUGAUUCGGGUUACAGCCCGGAAUUCAAGUCCCACCUUGUUGAAAGUCCUAAGUACGUAGCGUCUGGAGAUAGAUCUGGCUUAGAUGCUGCCAUUCUUUUAGCCAGUAUUCAUUCUCAUAAUCUCGACUAUGGUGAUUACAGUGAAAUCCCGUAUGAUGCCGAUAGCUAUAAAUUAUUGAACACUUUGAAUGCAAUGGUCGCAGAUAUGAAAGUCAGAUACCCAGUCAAUAGAUUGAGCUACCAUGAAGGUGGCGGCACUGGUUUGGGAAGAUAUCCAGAGGAUAUCUAUGAUGGUUAUGAACGGUCGGAAGGUAAUCCUUGGUUCAUUGCAACUGCUUCAGCGGCUGAGGUUGUCUACAAGUUUAUUUUUAAGUUAAUUUCAAACAAACAGGACGUGGUAAUCAAUGAGCAUAACAUUGACUUCCUCAAACAAUUUGUUGACUUAGGAUUAUCAAAAUCUGUAACAAUAGAAUACGGUUCACCUAAGUUCGAUGACAUGGUUAAGCUGUUGUUUACGUUUUCAGAUUCAUUUUUAGAAGUUGUUAAGGAACACACAGAUAAAGAUGGUCACAUGUCUGAGCAAUUCAAUAGAUAUCAUGGCUAUAUGCAAGGUGCAAAGGACUUGAGUUGGAGCUAUAGCGCAGCUUGGAAUGCCUUUAGGUGGAGAACAAAGACAGUGGAACUUUUUAAUAAUUAG